AUGUGUUCUGUAGGCCUAUCUAUCUAUCUAUCUAUCUAUCUAUCUGGCCUUCAUAAUAUAAAAAAAUUAAGCCUGUUCAUUUUUUUUUAUCUCUUUUUUUAUCUAUCUAUCUAUUUUAGUUUCUAUUUUAUCUAUCUAUCUCAGUCAUCUUUCUAUCUAUCUAUCUUAAAUAUUUAUCUAUCAUUCUCUAUCUAUCUAUCUAAAUUCAUUUUAAUUAUUAUAAACAAUGUGUUUUUUCUAAUUAUCUGUCCCACUAUAUCUAUCCCGAUCUGUUCAUCCAUAUCUCAUAUCCAGUUUCAUGCGUUUUUUUUACAUAUCUAUCUAUCUAUCUAUCUAUCUAUCUAUCUAUCUAUCUAUCUAUCUAUCUAUCUAUCUAUCUAUCUAUCCGCAGCAGUUGUGCACACCAUUCUUCUUGACCUGCAUGCUUUUUAUGUUUUUACGGCCAUUUUUACUUCCUUAACAUUUCUUUUCUUCAUCUCUUUCCGAUUUCUUACCACUUACUUCCCUUCUCUGUAUCUUCCUUUUUACUUCUUUUUCUUUUAUCACUCUUGUUACUCUAUCUAUCUCUCAUUUAGUUUUUUCUUUCUUUCUUUCUUUCUUUCUUUCUUAUUCCUUCCUCUCACUCACCCCCACACACUGUUAUCUUCAUCUUUUUCUCUAGCCUCUUUAUUUUUACAAACUCCUGCGCUGUCUGCAAUUUUCUUUCUUUUUUAG